CUGGCUUCAGUCACUAUCAGUCGUUCUGGUCAAGAUGUCUAAGGUAACAGUGACCGCCGCCCUUGUUGUUGGUUUUAUUGGAUGCUGUGUUGGAUUCACUGAAGCUCAAAACAGGACCAUACAAACAAUAUCUCGGGCCAAUAAAGAAAGGAUCUAUUAUUUAUCGACUAUUUUCCAAAAAUAUUCCAACAACAAUGAAACAAUUACUAUGGCUAAUGUAAAUAAACUCAUGGUCAAUCUAGGACUCCCUACAGCUUCGUAUAAAGCGACCUCUGGUGAAGAGGGUGGUGAUAAAGAGAAUGAUACUCACUGCCAUGACGAGGAGACCGGAUGUUCAACACUACCCACCGACAAAGACUCUGCCAAAAAUAGUCCGACCAAGAGGUCCCUGCCUGUAGAAAAUACUCAUUAUGGUCACAGUAAGUGUUUGAACACUAUGGAAUUGUUGAUGGUCUACCACUUUCAAGAUAAAAUGUCGAUAAGCAAAGACGACUUCAUGGAUUUAUGUCCAAGUCUCGUCGUUCUUUUGGACAAAGAUGAAUGCAAGAAAAAUGUGACAAUAUCCACGAGUCAGAUGCACACACAUGACGAAGAGCAACGAACUCUGGCCUCCAUUCCAGCUAGUGUUUGGGGAUAUAGCUCCUUGGCCAUUUUGAUCAUCAGUUUGGUUGGACUUCUUGGAGUGGCAGUCAUUCCCAUCAUGCAACGCGUGUUUUACAACCACCUGCUGCAGUUCCUCGUGGCGUUGGCAGUCGGUGCCCUCUCUGGUGAUGCAAUGCUCCAUCUUAUUCCUCAUGCACUGGCUGGGGAGGACGAACAUGCCGACGAUCACUCAACUAAAGGCUCCGGACUAACAGAUGAACAGAAAAACGUCUUUAAAGGACUGACGGCACUCGUUGGUAUUUUCAUCUUUUUCUUCAUCGAAAGAGUGAUGACUAUUGUCACAAACAUUAAGAGGAAGCGUAAAGAGAAAACCCACUACGAACACCAGUUGCAACUGGCGGCCCGACUCGGUGAGGACGAGAUAGAACAGAUUAAAAAAGCUCACGAACUCGCUCAUCUGUAUCAACAUGAACACGACUGCGAAUCGCUGAACUGGGGAUUAAAUCCGGGAACCAGAGCACUUGAACAUUUUGCUGAGGAGGCCAAUAGAGAACAGCAGGAAGACGAGGUCUUGAUGAAAAAGAUCAACGAGCAGAAAAAGAUGGAACGCAAAGACUCCAAGGCGAAACUUAACCGACAGCUGAGUCGUUCCCAUAGCCAUUCCCACUCCCAUGACGGGGGGAUACCUAAAGAUGUCGCAGCCGUGGCCUGGAUGGUCAUUCUUGGGGACGGAAUUCAUAAUUUUUGUGACGGACUGGCGAUUGGAUCAGCCUUUGCUGCUUCUAUGACGGGUGGCAUCAGUACCACUAUUGCUGUGUUCUGCCAUGAGCUGCCACACGAAAUCGGUGACUUUGCUGUUCUGUUGAAGGCGGGAAUGAAGCCAAAGCAGGCGAUUGUAUAUAACGUGGUGUCGUCUGUGUUGGCAUUUUGUGGAAUGUUGAUUGGUGUCAUGCUUGGCAACAUUGAGGCAGCUAGUCUCUGGAUCUUCACCAUUGUGGGCGGAAUGUUCCUCUAUAUUGCUUUGGUUGAUAUGUUGCCAGAAAUGAUGACAGCCGAUGCUAGAGAGGGGGAGAAUCCUUUCUUCCAUUUGAUAUUCCAGGCAUGUGGCAUGUUUCUGGGAAUCGGAAUCAUGCUUCUCAUAGCGUUGUACGAGGAAAACAUGAAAACAAUGAUGGAGCCAUAACACCAUGACGGUUCGCUCCUCGAAAACUGCCAGAAAUCCAUAAUGAAUUCACUUGCAUUAUAUGCAAGGUUGUUUAUAGUACUGUACUGUAUUUAAGACUUUUAUGACCAAAUUUUGACAGUCAUUUACCCAUGUACAGGAUGUAAUGUUGUUUAUAACUUGGUACUGUUUGAACUAUGUUUUCUGUUCAGAUUUGUGUGAUAGUCUUCUGUUUCUAUGGACUGAAGUGUUGUCAUUAUUUUAAAAGCAAUGUGAAUUUCAAAAUGAUUAAGAAUUCUGGAAGGUUCAAUGGAAAAAGCUUUCAGAGGGACUGAAAUUUCAGGAAUGCUUAGUAACUUCCAGUCUCUGGUGAAAAAUCUGAUUGGUUGAGAUAAUCAUAAUAUAAUUUGCUAACCCUCAUUGGAAGUAAUAUUUUAGACCAGAUUAACGCUGUCUUUUACUUUCUUUUCUCUUGAAAUCUGGUAUUUUUUAGGUGGGUGGGUGGGUGGGUAGGGGGAUAGCUCUUUUUAUUUUUCUGUUUACGAAUUAAGCUGAUAAGUCAGCGAAGUGACCCACAGAACUGUUCAUAGAUAUGAAUGAAAGAAUGUUGAUUUAUAUUCAACAUGCAUUUCCAUUAAGGAAGUCCAUCCAUCAGCAAGGUUGGGUAACUCUGUAAAUUAUCUUUCAUGCCCAUCAGAAUUGUUACUGGCAUGUAAAAUAUCUUUGUGCAAAAAUAAUAAUUAUUAUAUAAUCUGAAUAUGAUGCCAAAAUAAAAAAAAAUCCUUGGUUUCCCCUAACGCGACCGACCCAAUUAAAACGCGCCGACUAGGAUUUUUUUUCGUAAGAUUAUUCCAAUAUUUAUUUUUUUUUUUUUAUUUUUGAUAAUUACAGGGACAACAGCAUUUAUAUGAAUAUUUGUCUGGUGAAAGGCUCCAAAUUUAGACUUGUACGCGGAACUUUAGGCCAUUGAGCAGUAAAGAAUCUUUUUCGUGCCAGUAUCUACUGCGACACUGGGCCUAAGUUUUUACGGUCUCAACGUCCGCAUUGGGAUUUUAACCUGCAACUUAGAAAUAGGCCCUUACUUCGAGACUCCAAAACGAAAUGCUCUAGAACCACUGCACAAUUCGAAGCCCUUAAAAAAGUACAUUGCAUAUUUAAGCACUGAAAGCUGAUAGACCUGUAUGAAAAAUAUACUCUGAUGUCCAGUCUUUGUGUACCGAGAAUCUUUUAAACAGAUGUACAAUGUAUUCAAUUUCAACAAAUUUACUCUGGUAUGAGAUAUUUCACAAGUUCAAUUAAUUUACCUUAAAUGUUGAGUCUAACCGGCAUUUGUAUGAUACUCUAGCUGUUUACAAAUCGCUUUCUUUUGUACUUAACUUAUUUAUAAAGUUAUCAUUUCAUUCAA